AUGAGUGACUCGUCUCUGUUUAUUGGGGCAGCUCUGCCAUGGCUCAGGAACGUCAACGAAGUGGAAGCCCGUGAGGUUUUCGACACGCUGGAUCGAUUGAUCACCACCAGUACAGGCAACAGGACGCUUACGAUGCGUCCUCGAGUCGUCAACAACGCUGAUGGGAUGCCUGUCUCAGCAGCUGCGGAGCCCCUCUCUCGCUGGGACUAUCGUCCACCGGGGGUCAUUUUCCGCGAGGGAUUCCGACCCCGUGUUGUGCCAGUGAGCAUGCAAGGCUUUCGGGACCCUGAACAAACGGACCGCAUUAGUCUCAACCUGCACAGAUUCAUCAACGAUCAUGUGCGGUCUGUCUUUGUCUCUACGACUAGGCCGGUCAUGAGCGACGGCACUAACAGGCAGGUAGAGAUCUGGCGCCCGCCCAACAUCAACGGACGCUAUCGCUAUGAAGUAUUCGCUUACGGCGGUGUUGAUAUCCUUGCCACCUUCGAACGCCAGAUAGAAGUUAUGUACGCCGAGCAGCAGGAGAUCACGUUUGUCGGAGGAAUCAGGCCCGGGCUGAUCCGCACAGCCACCGAAUAUGACACGGCAGGCCGCGUUGUAGCUAUCUGGCACAACGUGCACUUCGACCCUCUGUUGAACGGAGAUCACGCCCCUCGAGCCAAUGAGCUCCCAGAGAUCCCUGAGGGCUCAUAUAGAAUCCGAUUCUCGGAUCCUGCCGACCACGAUGCGCAGGGUCACCCGCCCAAAGACGAGCUCAGUCAUCGUCUUGAGGCAAAAAAAAAUCACGAUGUGGAUGAAAACAACGGUAACCUAGAAGGUUAUCUAAAAGUGCCAGACCCAGCAGCAUCCAAGUUCUUGCCGCCAUCUCGUGUACGGCGAGCAUGCAUGCUUCUACCAGGCGGAGAGGAAGCCAUCUUCUUUGCCGACACUCGCUUCGUGACCUUGAAGCUUGACCGCAAGAACAACUUGGCCGAUACCAUAGCAUCGGGUGGAGUUCAAAGUAUCGCCACAUCCUGGCCAGCACUACACGAGGCCCAAUUCUUGUCGGUCGACGCCGUGCUGCCAAAUCCAGCCAACAAGGAUGAGGCCUACUUCUUCUACCGGGAAAAGUACAUUCUAGUCACCAUCUCCACAAGGAAGAAGGUGUUCAACGCCAUCAGCAUCGUUGACAAUUGGCCCUCGCUGAAGCAAGUUGGUUUUCCCACAGUCGACGCGGCCGUGCUGCUAUAUGAUGGGACUGCAUACUUUUUCCGUGGUGACCAAUACGUACGUGUCGACGUUCAGCCCGGCACCAACAACGACAAGGUGGUGGGAAGUGGCCCCCUAGACAUCAGAGACAAUUGGGCCGUACUGGACCAAGCUGGAUUCAGAACUGUCGAUGCGAUAUUGCAAAGCCCACUCGGUGGCAACACAUACUUCUUCUGUGGCGACGAAUACGCAAGAAUGAUAAUUAGACCAGGCGGCGUCGACGAAGCAACCCAAGAUGUGCAACCUAUCAGCAAAGGGUGGUCAUCGCUUGUGGAAGCGAAGUUUUAUUGA